AUGGACAACCGCUCCCAGCCUGGGCCCAUUCGCAUGAGACACAUCCUCGCCACUGGGCUUUACCCACGCGAGGACACUGGACACUUUCUCGCUGGGGACACCAGGCGCAUCAUCAGGGCAGCAGCCAAGAAGACCUGUUUCAUCUGCUGCAAGAUGGGGGCCACCAUCACUUGCUGCCAGACGGGCUGCGACCGCACCUUCCACCUGCCCUGUGCCCCAGACGGACAAUGUGUCACCCAGUACUUCGGGGCCUACAGGUCCUUCUGCUGGGAGCACCGCCCACAGCAGGCACUGCGGCCACAUUCAAGCCAGGACAACACCUGCACCAUCUGCCUGGACACGGUGGAAGACAACAUCUCCUACAUAACCAUGGCGUGUCCCGCGUGCCAAGACGCCCGCUUCCACCGGCACUGCAUCCAGAGACUGGCUCUGCACGCUGGCAUUGACUUCCGAUGCCCGCGUUGCCUCAAACAAGAGCCGUUCAUGACGGAAAUGCUCACCAUGGGGAUCCGACUCUCUAAGAGACCCCCAUCAUGGCAGAGUGACCCAGAGGUCGGACCCUCAGAUCAGAGGCACGGCCGCUGCGAUGCCACAACGUGCCUUUGUCCAGGAGGCAGGGAGCACUCGCAGGCACACGGACCCUGGCAACUGCGGCUCUGCAGCUCCUGUGCUGCUGAGGGCAUCCACCGACUCUGCUCC